ACUUGCUUUCGUCAGUCACUACUAAGUCUUCAUUGUUCGAGACACCCUCGCAACCUCAAUUCGACAGAGCUACCUUGUUCUUGCUUUGACUGAUUCAUGGCACCACUACAGUCUUUUCCGCCACGAUGUCUUUAACGGUGGUAUCGACACUACACUACGAACACGUUCUUCGGUCAAGUACUCUCAGGCUACUACUCGCGAUCGUACUCGCUAUUGACGACACAAACUCUGCGUAUUAGACAGUGAACCAAGCUGAGAAGGAAUGAAGAAGUCCAAAGUAGAGUUACUGUCUCUUCCUGAAGAACUUCUACUUUAUAUUCUAAGCUUCCUUCCUUGGCAAGACAUUCUACGUUGCACAUCCCUAUGCAAGGCCCUUCGCCAGGCAUACAUGUCAUCUUCCGAGUUGCAGUACAUCACUGAAUUGGGCGGCCAACAACUGCUCCCUGUCUUCGGUGGUCACAUUUCUUUUUCAAAGCACCUACAACUCCUGAGGGACAAACUCCACGCAUGGUCCAAGCUUGACAUCCACUCUUUCGAAGCGAUCUCUAUACCAGAACAAUUCUGUACACGAACAGAAGUGACCAUCGUCAGUGGACAUGCCUGCUUCUGGAAGCCAUCUAUGCACUCGUGCAAGAUCUUUCCAAUACUACCCAAGUCCUUACAACAAAGUAUCGAGCGUGAUUUUUCUCCAGAUUCACUUUGCUCAGUUCCCGGACAGACACAAAGCGACUUCGAUGUUUUGAAUGUUUUCAUCGACCCGGUGCAAAACCUACUCGCCAUCGUUUAUGUCACAGUCAUUGGAAAUGGUAACAUGGUGUAUGAUGAGGAUUACUAUAUUGACCUUGUAGCCCUGGAUGGAGAUGGCGCCCACCCUCAAGCUGCUGGACGGACUCUGUUUCUCUCUGACUUGCCAACACACGAAGACUUUAUCACAAAGAGUACGAAAAUCGAGGGUUUUGGGAGACAUAUCGCUUUACGAUUGUUUGACGAUCAGCCGUGCACUCCUACAUUUGCGUCCAGAUGGUGGUUGCAGAUUUGGGACUGGCAACACUCAACAACGUCCAAUAGCAUCCUCAGCGGCCCAAUAAUAGAUCCAGAUUUUGACGAGAUCGACAUUUGCUUCCUCGGAAACGAUAGAUUUUUGAUUGUCAGCGACCAUUUGAAGCUCUAUUCAAUCGAGGACAUGUCUCAGGCACCGCGAUUGCUGGCUUGCUUCUCGUGGCCCGUACCAUUUAUGAACCUACGAUGCUUUACCCCGACGGAUGAUAUUGCACGCAGCUCGCACCCCCAGAUACAAGCCCCACAAGUAACAUGGAUCUCUAAUCCUGAACAUCGACUACUCUCCCUUGUCACGCGGUAUCCAGAUCUCCACUUCGUCAUUUCCACUAGGAUUUUCUUCGAGCCUGACUUCGUUGAUUCGGAAGGACCAGCAACCAUACCAUGGGAAUCUUGGGGUCCUGAAAAUACUCGUGCUUUCCCGCACCAAUUUUCAUGCAAACUUGCCGUUAGCGGGAGUCGAGCUUUGUAUGCAUUCGCUGCAGCCGGCGUACAAAUAGAUGACUCGACGGAGUACAGAUUACAUCUCAUGGACUUUAGUCCAUUAGCUGUUAAGCGCCACCACCAGCAAGGCCUAGGAAGAAUGGUGAAUGAGCCAGUCUACGGUAGAACAUAUCGAGAAGAAGGAAUUAAUGACGAUAUCAUCGAGAUGUGGCUCGAUAGAGACAAACUUUAUUUGUUGAAGGACCGUUUUGACAUCGAUAAAAUGGAUCGGUUUGAAGUCAUCGAGUUUUAAGAGCAAACACCUUAUGAUACAGCUACUAGUAGAUCGUUGACCUUCCAUCAACAGUACUUGCGAGACGAGAGGCCAAGGAUUAUACAUUGGUUAUACAGAGAUAUAUCGUAUUAUAGACGAGCAUAUGCAGCAUAAUUAGGCGAUAAUGAGCACAUCUACGUUGGGCACGUCCAAAGAUUUACAAUAACUGAGAUUUCUACUAAGUACUCAUGACCGCCGGCGCGGUGCAGGAAAGCGCUAAAGGAACAGCUUGCCGCUCCCAACAAGAUUUUGCAUCUAGAAACAAAAUCCAAUACUAGCCUAUUAAUGGUGAGAGGAAAUCGUAGACUCUACGUCGACCCUAGUGGUGAUGAUAGGGAGGCUUGGGCUGUCGUCCUGGGUGGGAGUGGAGAAAAUGCCAGUGUCGAUAGUCUGGUGCAGGUUAAGCAUCAGCCGAG